CUAUGAUCGUCCUGGGCAUGGGUCGAGGUCGCAAACAAGCGAGUUGCUGCUGCUUGUACACGUCACCAGUUGCCAGUUGUCGAGGUCACGUGACUCGUUUCAGCGCGAUGAUCAGCCGAUCGACCGGACGGCCGGUUGGACUUUCAAGCCAAAUGACGAUUGAUCCUCGAUGUCCUUGAUCGUCCAUUUAUCAGGGGAAGGAUAGCAACGACCUCCCGAUAAACAUUCAGCAGUCAUGCUCCGGUUCCAGACCAUACUUCGUCGACCAUCGAGCCAUCUGUUUCGUUCCCGCCGGCUACAUACGACGGUGCACACCAUCCUCCACCCGACCCCACAAUCCGUCCGAGCCCAUAUCGAUUCGCUUUCCCUCUCGUCCGACUCGGUGGGGCUGUACCUCUUACACCCGGAACUCAACGACAUCUCUUCGGUCUUGUCCGCCGUGCAGGAUGGGUUGGCAGUAGGGAAGAAUUCGAUCGGGUCUUUCGCACAGUCUGCUUCGAGACUUCAACAACUUCAAUUUCAACCCCAAGCAGAAGCUGAAGAGCCGUUUGUCACCAUCGCAACGUUUACCCCCUCUAACCCCAGAGAAUCCAUCCUCCCCUUCCGCUCUGAGCUCUUGGGACUCCCGCCUGUCAGCGUGGGUCGAUGGCAUCGUCCGGAACUAUCCUACUCUGAGCGCAACCCGGCCUCGAGCGUGGACAAGAUGAGACAAGAAGAUCGCAAGGGAGAAGACGUCGGGGAGAUCGAGAGGGUCUUGAUGGGAUCCCUGGGAUUCGAAAAGGGAGAGUCGAUCGGAUGGGAAGGGCUAUGGAGGUCGGAAAGGUUACAGGCUGGCGAGACGGGCGAGGGUACGGGUGAUGGGUUGGAUACCCAGGGGGUCAUGAAAGGUCUAGAGGGACUUGAAGGUGCAACUGGAGUAAAACACAUGUUGGUACUAUCAGAUAGCCUACCCAACCCGACGAUAACCUCGCUCGAUCGAAAUUUCCCCCAAGCUAGCAAGCUCGGGCUUUUGACAGAACCUACCCCCUUCCUCACCGGCAAACCUCACACCCUAUUCCGAAACAAAGACAUUUUCGAAGCCGGGGCCGUUGGACUAGCAUUCUGUGAAUCGACAGUAGGAGACGACCCCAGCGGUCCCGGAUUUUCUACAUUAGGGACGAAGGUCGGAAUUGAAUAUGGAGGGCUUGAGAGGCUGAGCGGGCUGGAGACGAUCGACGAUGCACAAGGCAACCUCUUGCUCUCUUUCCACCCCUCGAAUGCCAGCUCGACACAAAAACAGACGAACCCCACCCAGGUGCUCAUCAAGCUUCUCAACGUCUUUCAGUCAGCGUCCUCCGCUACACGUCCUUCAGAAGCGGGUACGGCUGAAGGAGGAGUUAGCUUGGGCAAGAAGAUGAAGGAGGAAGAGUAUUACUUGGCAGUCUGGGGGAAUGGGGAAGAUGGGACGGGAGAGCCAAGAGAGGUCGUCAGGAUCUUGUCGGGAGAUCCGUCCCGAGGCGCAUUAUCGCUUGAUAUGGAGACGCCUUUGCGAACGGGCCAGAAAGUCCAGUUCAUGCACAAACCUCGAAAUGACGGCAAACAGGACCAGACAGUGCCCCGCGCGAGGACCAUGUCAUUCUCAACAUUACCUACAGAGAACGCCGUCCGUCUUCCUGCCUCGACGUCAGGCAAGACAGAGGUCAUCGAGGGUAUAUCGGUAGGUACCGAGGGCGGAUUCUUUUACUCCCCGGGCCAGGGGGAAAAGACGGCUCGGACGCCGGGAAGCGUUUGCAAGGUGGUCGGUGCAAAUGGUUGGCUCAAGGUCUGAGAUAGGGAGCGCAGUUUCUAAGCAUUAGAAGUGGGAACCAAAAAGUCU